AUGGCCGGCUCUCAGCUCAAGCGCCUCAAGGCGUCCCUCAGGGAGCAGGGAAUUGUUGGUCCUCAGCAAUCCAAGAAGCAGAAGCGACGCGUCGCACAGGAUGAGCGCGCUCGCAACGAAAAGCGACUCCAGCGAGGGGUGGUCCUGGAGGGCAUUCGCGAGCAGUUCAACCCUUUCGACUUGAAGCAUGCCGCCCGAGGACCCAAAUUCGACGUUACUACCAACCGUCCGACUGCUGCCGGCAUUGCAGGUGGAAUCAAGGGUCGCCCGGGGCAGACCAAGGCGGCCAGCGAAGCCAGGCGCCGAGAAACACUGCUCGUCGAGAUGCAGCGUCGUAACAAGGUGGGCGGUAUCAUCGAUCGUCGAUUCGGUGAAAACGAUCCCACCAUGGCCCCCGAGGAGAAGAUGCUGGAACGUUUCGCGCGCGAGAAGCAGAAGAGCCACAAGAAGGGUGCCAUGUUCGACCUGGAAGAUGAUGAGCCUUCGGAGAGCUUGACUCACAUGGGCAAGUCCUUGACAUUCAAAGACAUGCAGUCAAUGGACGACUUCAAGGAAGACGACCUAGAGGAGUACGACAGCGAUGGCUCCGUCCGCGAGAUGCAGAGGCUAAAGCGUAUUCGUUCCCUGGCCGCUGCAGGCAGCGAUGGGGAAGACGAGAACGGUGAACCCGAACGGAAGAAGACCAAGAAGGAAGUGAUGGAAGAGGUCAUCGCCAAGUCCAAGCUGCACAAGUACGAACGUCAGGCUGCCAAGGAGGAAGACGAUGACGUUCGAGCACAACUCGACAAGGAGCUACCGAACAUCCAUUGGCUUCUCUCCCAAGGUCCACAACGCCCCAAGCCCCAAGCCCCCGAGGAUGCACCAAUCGCCACCAUUGCAGGUGUAGAGCGAGGCGCUUUCGAGCGGGACUUUGAUCUCCAGGUCAAGAAGCUAGCUCAGGACAAGAGAGCUCAGCCUGCCGACCGUACAAAGACGGACGAGGAAAAGGUUGAAGAGGAGUCCCAGAGGCUGAAGGAGCUUGAGGAUAAACGACAACGACGUAUGAGAGGCGAUGAGGUGACAGACAGCGAGGACGAUGCCAAAUCGGAGAAGGGUGCUCCGAAGGAAGACGAUUUCUUCAUGGAUAUGGGCGAAGACGACGAAGAUUUUGGCCUGGGAAGCGGUCUCAAAUCUCGGCCAACUGCAGCCGAGCUCGGGUUUGACGAUGAGGAUGACUUUCUCAUCGAUGAUGACCUUGUGGCAAGUGGUUCUGAUCUGGAGCUUCUCGAAAGCGACGACGAUUCCGAUGGUGAUGGCUCUGAUGAGGAGGACGACUUCACCAAAGGCCUGCUCAACGAAGAGGAGGCCAGAAAUCCCGUUUUCGAGGCAGAUUCAUCGACAAAGGCUUCGGCAAUUCAAAAGGGAGACGAUCAAGGAUUACCGUACACCUUUCCUUGCCCCCAGUCCUGCGAAGAGUUCCUGUCCGUCACAGCACCCUAUCCUCCAAAGACCAUCCCCACCAUCGUUCAACGAAUUCGUGCGCUCUACCACCCCAAGCUUGACAGCAGGAACAAGGAACGGCUCGCAAACUUCUCUGCAGCUCUAGUCGACUUUAUCGCCUCUCCUUGGGAUCCUGCGAAAUCCCCAUCGUUUUCCGUACUGGAGAGUCUCGUUCGUCAUAUCCACUCUCUGGCCAAGAUGUUUCCAGUUGAGAUCAGCAAGCAAUUCCGCCAUAACAUGGAGGAGAUGGCCAACUCACGCUCCCUUGCCCUGCAACCUGGAGAUUUGAUCCUCCUCGCAGCUGUCGGCUCCGUCUUCCCUACGUCUGAUCACUUCCACCAGGUUGUCACACCUGCCAUGUUGACAAUUGCGCGUUACCUCGGACAAAAAGUCCCACAGCAGCUGUCUGACUUUGCGAUUGGCACCUACCUGUCGAUCCUUGCGGUCAGCUAUCAGAAGCUGGCCAAGAGAUAUGUCCCAGAGGUCAUCAACUUCUGCUUGAACACUCUCUGUGCCCUCUCCCCGGUCGCGGCAUCGCAAAAGCAGGGAAGCUUCCCCAUUCACAGCGCUCCCAGCAGUGUUCGGGCCGAAUCUUGCAAGAAGACUCUUCUAAGGAAGCUGAACUUCUCCGAUUGCCGAGGUAUUGAGGUUACGGGCACACAAGCCAAGGUACUUAAAGUAUCUAUCCUGGACACGACCGUUCAAACCCUCGAGGCCGCUGCGGAUACGUGGACUGGAAAGAGCUCCUUCCUCGACACUUUUUCACAGGGAGCCAUCGUCUUGAGACAUCUCAGCAGCAAGGGAUGCCGGUCUCAUCUGCCCCCUGCUCUGGUUGAACGGGUUGAGAAGCUUCAAACAAAGUUUGAGCGCAUGCUCAAGGUGGCCCAACUCUCUCGUCGUAACCUAGAGCUACACCAUCACAAAGCACUAGCAAUCAAGACAUUCGUGCCCAAGUUCGAGGAGACAUUCGAUCCCGAUAAGCACUACGACCCAGAUCGCGAGCGUGCCGAGCUUGCCAAGCUGAAGGCCGAGCACAAGAAGGAGCGCAAGGGCGCGAUGAGAGAGCUGCGGAAGGACGCCAACUUUAUGGCGAGAGAGAAGCUGCGCAUGAAGAAGGCCAAGGACGAGGCGUACGAGAAGAAGUACAAGAGGCUUGUGGCCGAGAUCCAGAGCGAAGAGGGACGCGAGUCGAACGCGUACGAGAGGGAAAAAGCGGCGCGGAAGAGAAAGAACAACAGGUAG